GAAAUUCCAUAUUUUAUAAUUGAUUAAUCAAGCAAUGUGCAAACACUCUACCGUCUCGGAUCAUUUCCGGGUAAGAUCUGUCAAAAUUUGAUAGAUUUUGUUGAAAUGUACAUUGGAAUAUUGGAAAAGUUCGGUCAGAGUAUGGUCUUGUAAUAAUGUCCCCAUGAAGAAGUCAGGUACUGGGUCUGCUGAGGGAGGCCAGGAGAAGGCACCAACUGCUGAACAGAGAAGGCCGGGCAUUGCAAGAACUGGACAACAAGCACAUGUGACAGGAUCCAGUUUCCACACCACUCCUGGUGACCACAGUUCUACUGGUAGACAUGGCCGCAUCCAUUUGCAUCAGCCAUAUCUUCUAUCAGCCUUGGCCUCAGGACACGGGCAAGGCCUACCCAACAGUAGCGAGGGUGUUUCUUCCAACUUGAACGAUGGCAACAGUGAUUGGCAGAGAACACUAAGAUAUACACAGGUUAAGUCUCGACAGAGAGUGGCACAAAAUGACACCCCUUCAUUGAACAACAUCCAUCAACCAGAUAUACCGGAUUCCCAAGCAGCGUCUAAUCAAGGCUCAGCAAGACUUAUACCAUGCAUGAAACGAUCACAUAGUGUUUUAUCUUCAGAAUCUGUAAAACAGAAUGUUAUCAGGCCUAAAUCUGUUCCAGCCACUCUGAUGUCAGAAAAUCAGUUCAACAACAUUAACAACAGCUCAUUACAUGUAAGUAGGCACCGCCAACCGUAUGACGUGGGUUCACUGCGUGUAGAAGGUGCCGCACGAACAAGUACUCCAGUAGAUUAUCAGGUGCCUGUGUUCAGUAAUAGUGAUACUGUGUUCACCUCAUCCAGCCCUGUUCCGAGUCCUCUAUGUAUUGACAAUGGUGCUGCGUUCCCAUUUACCAGCACAGAUUACUUUGUGGACAAUGAGAUUCCAAUGUUGGAACUGUUUCCACCACUGAGAACUCAGGGACACACCACCACUACACCCCCACUGAGUUUGGGGUCAAGGACUCAUGAGUCUGAAAGAAGUCUACAAAUCCCAAACCCAUUUACACAAAACUUAAUAAUUCAACAAAAGAUGGAACAAGAACUUCAAUCAGUGCAAAGACAAUUGUCUUUGUUACGUGAUGAACAGAUUGGUAUAGUAAAUUAUGGUGCGAAGAAACGGGUUGUGAGCACAGACUCUUUUGUUGGUGCUUCAAAUACUGCAAAGGGUGUUUCAGCCGCAAAACCCACAGAUAAAUCUUUCCCUCUCAUAAGGUUUGCUUCAGGAACUAGGGCGUCCAAUGGGGCAGGACCUUCCCGAAGUCUUUCGGUCCCUGUACACAGGAAAGCCCCUGCAGAUGCGUUAGGUGAUGAGAACCCUUUAAAGCGACCCCAUCGUGGGGGCGAUGGGGUUAGAUUGGGGGAAGAGAAAGACGGAAUGGUGGAGUUAAGGCCUCCAACUCCAGGUGGGAUCAAACGAGCAGGACCUUACCUUUUAGGUCCACGUCUGGGCUCCUCCCCAGUGAAAAGUAUUGUGCAGUGCCUGGCCAGGAAGGACGGAACAGACAAAUUCUACACGCUCAAGAUCUUAACUCUGGAGAAUGGGGGUCGUGAGCGUACAGACGAUCGACAGGGGAAGAUGCUUAUACACACAGAGUAUAGCCUGCUGUGUCUGCUGCGACACCAAGAUGGCGUUGUGCAUCACCAUGGCCUCUUCAAGGAUGAGGCUUGGGAGGAGAAGGAGCAUGAUGGCGGUGGCGGGAAGACUGAAUUCACUGGACGUCGUCGUAAACGCCUUUGUCUUGUGCUUGACUGUCUCAUUCCGCACGAGUUCAGCGACCAGAACAGUGACCUCAUAAACCUGCAGCAUUAUGUGAUCAAGGAGAAGAAGUUGUCGGAGAAGGAAGCUAUUGUUAUCUUCUAUGACAUCGUACGGGUGGUCGAGUGUCUCCAUAAGAAAAACAUAGUUCACCGAGACCUAAAGCUGGGUAACAUGGUCCUAAACAAGCGUAGCCGGCGUAUCACAAUCACAAACUUCUGUCUGGGCAAGCAUCUUGUGUCUGAGAAUGACCUUCUCCUGGACCAGCGAGGUAGCCCCGCGUACAUAAGCCCUGACGUCCUCAGUGGUUCCCCGUACCUUGGUAAGCCCAGUGACAUGUGGGCUCUGGGUGUUGUGUUGUUUACCAUGCUGUACGGCCAGUUCCCCUUCUACGACAGCGUGCCACAAGAACUCUUUAGGAAGAUCAAGGCAGCAGACUUCAAAAUACCAAAUGACAUGCGCGUGUCAGAGGACACAAAGGCAGUGGUGCACCGAUUACUGCUGAUGAACCCCCGGCAGCGGCUUUCGGCAACCCAGGUCCUCGACCAACUGUCAACCAUUAUUGCCAGAUGGCGGGCUAUGAAUGCUCCCGUGGGCACACUUCAAGUCGUACCCGACAUUGAUGACCAGAGUGAGGAGAAAAAAUCCCUACCUACCAAACAGCAGCUUCAGUCAAGCACCUCCAAAAUACUCUCCAGUAUUGAGGUGAAAAUAGCCCCUGCACCUCCUCAGCCUCCACAUGUGCAGAGUCCACAAGUUAUGAUGAUGUCGCCACGUGUUGCUGCGGUGAGGAGGCGGGGCCAACCUGGGUUACACCCACCUAUACAGCAGAUGAGCAGUGAUGCUCAGCCUGUGUCAUCUGCUGAACUGUUGGCCCAUAGGCAGUCGAUGGUUCAAAGGCAGAAGGGUGUCAUAGUAACCAACAGACACCAACCCAACAGAUCGUAGGCAACUUACGUUUCAUCUAGGAAGAAUAAGAUUGAGUUGUGUUCCAAUUAAUAAUAAUAGCGGAGUAUUUGCUGCGGUUUUCUUGCAUAUCAGACCUUUAGAACACUGUUUCUGGUCAUAUGACUAGUGCUUGAACCCCUCACAACCCCUAUGUGAGAUGAGUGACAUGCAACAACAAGCCAUAAUUAUAAAACUAAAAAUGUGUCCAUAGGACUCCGGUCCCCCCCCCCACUUGCCUUACGUGACCGAGGAAAUAUUCACACCAUUUCAAAUCUAUUUCCAACCAAACUGAAAGUCUAUCCAUAGAAAUUAUUCAGUCACUCACAUUUUAUUGGAAACAGAAUAGUUCGAAAAUGUCAAUUUUUAGUAAAUGAAGGACCAUAACUCUCCCCUUACUAUGUGCAGCUGCAAACAAAACCCCAAAUGUACAACUUCGUCAUCUCAACAACAUUCUCCUGAGGUUCCAAGACUCUAGGUCAAAUAGUUUGGGAGUUUUGAAUGACACAAGUUCGCAUAAUACUUACAGACAGAAUCUUAGAUGGACGCGCUGACUGACAAGGGCAAAUCUAUAUCCCCCCUCCCCAAAAGUGGGGGCAUAAGAAAAAAAUAUUGCAAAAAUAUUCAAAGGCUGUAAAGAUAGUGAUAUUCUUUGCAACUGUUUGACAUCAACUGUGACAUCAAAUAAUGUUGUGUCAUGACAUUAGUAGACAAUGACUUGAAUGUGUUUUGGUAAUAUGUGCAAAAACUGUUACCAACAUCAAAAAUCUUCAAAAAUUUAAAGUUAAAGGUUCGCAAAAAAAAAGUAUCAAUCAUGUGUUACCCAAUCAGAUGGAGGGAGAAAUCUGACACUCCGGCUCUCUGCAUAGCCGAGAACUUGGGGAAACUCCAGUACUGACUGCUGUGAAUGCAGCAUGGACUUUCCCACCUAUACUGGUAACACUUGUAUACUUAUAUUGUUGGGCAUUGCUGUUUUACCGGUAGGUGUCGUCAGAAAGAAAUUACUGGUAGUAAAUCUGGAAGUGCUGUUUGUGGUGCAAUAGAUAUUAAAUUAUGAACAUUGAACACAAUUAAGUGUCUGCGACAUUGCAUGCUGUGAACCGGUUUGAUUGUUAUCAGCAAACUAAGGAAAUAUACUUGCUUAAAGUAUUUAUUAUUACAAUUUUUACAAAGCCUUGUUACCACAACGUUUUGCAUGCUAAAUUAUAUUUUUUGAAACUGUUUUUCUCAAUUUUUAAAACAUUUUGUAAAUUUCCCAUUUUCUAUUUUCCUGUAUUGGAUUUAAUUAAGAUUUUGUUGCUCUAUGGAAUUAAUGAUGGAUACAUUUAAAAACUACACAGACAGUGGAUUGAAUUUAUAAAAACAAAAGGAAACAUAGAUGUUGAGGGCAUUACCUGUAAGACAUGUUCUUUGAUUCUGCUGUUGUGAUUUACUUGUCCUUCAUUGUUGAAGUUUUGACUGUAUUCAUGUGUUUCUACUUUCUUCUGCAUGUUUUUUGGCCGUUUGGUGUAACAGUCUGCAUUAUAGUUCAAAUAAAUGGGUUACAGUGUAAUGUUAUAUUAAAGUGAAUAAUGAUACUUGGUACCAAAUUUACCUACAUAGUGAAAUGACUAGUAACUAAUAUCAUGGUAAAGAUGUGGUUGUUUAUUUCAAUUGAAGUUACCCAAAUUGAGAGGUUAUCAUGUAGAUACUGUUCAUUGAUUAUAAAAAAUUAUUCUGUUUGCUUUUAAUGUAACUUAAUUUUUCUUAUAAUUAUGUUUAAUGUAUUAUUUCUGUAUAUUGUGAUAUAUACUUGGAUAAAGAUAGUUUGUUUAAUGUAUAGAUCUGUAUUGAUAAACUAUUUGUUAUUAUGGUUAUCAUAUUGAGAAAAUGAAAAUGUAUCAUGUUAUUAUAUAAUAAAUAAAAGUUUUUA